AUGGCUGCUCUUCUUAUCGCCCUUGUCGUCCUUCUUAUCAUCGCUCUGCUCUGUGUCGUCGCCCUCUACUUCAUGCGCUGGAGAAAGCGUUCGAUGCGUGCCGGCUCUCUCGACUUUGAUGAUGAAGAGAAAUCAUCUUCAGCCCGCCACCACCGUGUCACUGUCCGUCCUCACGAGUCCAUCAUUGUCUACCAGGAGAAGCAAAGCCUCAUCGACAACUCGGAAGCUCCCCCAUCGGCCAAUUCCGUUCCCGAGAUCCGUAUCCAUUUCCCUGAGGAAGUUGACACCUCGGGAAAGCGCCAAUCUGGCAGAGUUGUCGUCGUGCGUGUCGGUGACCACAGCAUUGGUCUCGAGCCCGUAUCGGAGAACCUUCCUCCCUACCAGAAGAGCGAGUCGGAUCGUUUCCAGUCGCUUGAUCUUGAGAGGAUAGGCGGGCUCAAGGAGAAGAACGUCGAGGCUCGCUACCAAUAG